AUGGGAGAUAACUUUCAAAAUAAAACUAUGGCACCAGUUAUGAUGGACUAUGAGUUUAAAAUAAAAACACAGAAUGAACGUUCCAAAGUAGAAGAUUUGUUUGACUUCGAAGGUUGUAAGGUAGGCCGUGGUACCUACGGUCAUGUAUAUAAAGGCCGGCGGAAAGAUGGAUCAGACACUAAAGAUUAUGCCCUAAAACAAAUUGAAGGUACAGGGCUCUCCAUGUCAGCCUGUCGAGAAAUCGCAUUGUUACGAGAGUUGAAACACCCAAAUGUUAUUAACUUAAUCAGAGUAUUCCUAUCACAUACUGAUAGAAAAGUUUGGCUGUUAUUUGACUAUGCUGAACAUGACCUUUGGCAUAUAAUCAAGUUCCAUAGAGCAGCAAAGGCUAAUAAGAAGUCUGUUAUGGUACCCAAGGGCAUGGUUAAGAGUUUAUUAUAUCAGAUUUUAGAUGGCAUACAUUAUUUACAUUCCAAUUGGGUUUUACAUAGAGAUCUGAAACCAGCUAAUAUAUUAGUGAUGGGUGAAGGCCCAGAAAGAGGUAGAGUGAAGAUAGCAGACAUGGGAUUUGCAAGGUUGUUUAAUGCACCACUUAAACCACUUGCUGAUCUGGAUCCAGUAGUGGUAACAUUCUGGUACAGAGCCCCAGAACUGCUUUUAGGUGCUCGGCAUUAUACAAAGGCUAUAGAUAUAUGGGCAAUUGGCUGUAUAUUUGCAGAAUUAUUGACAUCCGAACCAAUAUUCCAUUGCCGUCAAGAAGACAUAAAGACAAGCAACCCAUACCAUCAUGAUCAACUGGAUAGGAUAUUCAAUGUCAUGGGCUUUCCUUUAGAGAAAGACUGGGAAGAUAUCAGAAAAAUGCCUGAACAUGCCACUUUAGUUAAGGAUUUCAAACGGUCUAACUAUCAAAACUGUUCACUAAGCAAAUACAUGGACAGACAUAAAAUAAAGCCUGACAGCAAAGCCUUCAGCUUACUACAGAGGCUUUUAUUAAUGGAUCCAAAUAGGAGAAUAACGUCGGAACAAGCUAUGCAAGAUCCAUACUUCUCCGAGGAUCCAUUACCAACUCAGGAUGUAUUCGCCGGAUGUCCGAUACCGUAUCCGAAGAGGGAAUUCCUCACGGACGACGAUCAGGACGACAAAAGCGAUUCAAAGGCCAGACAGAAUCAACAACAACAACCAAAUACUCAACAAAACCAGGUACAAGCGAAUAGUCAUGAUCACGCUGCAAACAAUGCGAAGAGAAUGAGGAUGUCCGGUCCAAACCAAGGCAACAACAACCAAGGUGGCGGCCAACAAGAGUUCCAUCAACAGCAACAGAUGAUGUACGGACAACAACAAAAUGCCAACCAGCAACAACAAAAUUUCCAACAGAGGUUUUGA